GCCAGUCGCAAACCCAUGACAACAAAGCUCGACAAGCCAGCAGCAAAGAAAACAACGAAAGCACAUGAGGAAUGCUAUAGUCAGCGAAAAUCAUGGAUGAGAGGCGAGACCUUCGCAAGUUUCCCCGUGGGGAGAGAUGUCCAGAAUGUGGUGCUCGAAGAUGGUAUUUGGAGAAUGGUCUGCGCUUCUGCUCCAACGGACAUCAAGUUGAGGGAUUUAUUCAAUUUGAUAUUGGUGAUGAUGUCGAUGCGGGUCAGCUUGGUAAAAAGACAAAGAAAGACAAGGAGGUUAAAGAAAAAGAGUUGCGACAUCUCACAGGGCAAGCAGGCAAGAAUCUCUUUCUCGAAUGUCUGCAGCUGGUGUUGAGGCAACAGCUCCUUUGGCUCGUUCAGAGCAAAGGUCAUCGAGAAGAGCUUGAGACUGUAGUGCGCGAUCUGUGGGAUCUUCGUAUUCGAGGCUCCGGAGCGCUCCUGGCUGAGGAGGAAACACAGCAAACGCAAAUGGGUGAUGGCCUUGCGAUAUUCAGCUCGCAGCCUACGGGCACAGUUAAAGAUGAUACACCAAAGAAGCAGGGAACAAGAGCUCGUAGCUGGAAUCCAGAGGACAACCCAGAUUGGCCUGUGCCGAGAAUGAUUGAUACCCUGGCCUUGUGCUAUCUCGGAUGCUUGUUGCUCAGGAUACCCACCGCGAUUGGGGAGCUUUGUGUCUGGGCCAAUUCUGGACGAAUACCUUAUAAACGAUCAUACUACGAUCUUCCCGAAGAAAUGCAGGAUCGAUUACCAUCUGCUUACACCAGGGCCCUCAAACUACCCCUGCGCUCAUCUCUUAGGGGAAUCGACCUGCACAAUGCUGUGCUGGAUCUCGCUCUCUCAUAUCAUCACAACUAUGGAAUGAUAUUUCCCGCCAUCAAUGAUACGCCAACUAUUGUGCACUUUGUCAGGCAGCUCACUUUACCGGUGGAAACACUCAUCACAGCAAGAAGCAUACUAUCGGUUAUGAAGUUCUCUUUUCAGUUACCCAUUGAGCAGUCACGGCGCUUUCAUAUAGACUAUCCCGAGAUCUUGCUCAUGUCCUCUAUCGUGGUUGCAGCAAAGCUAUGCUUUCCACUAGGACAACACGCCCCUUUUCUUCACGCCGCUAGCACAGAGCAGAGUAUCAGGUUCGAUUGGACAACAUGGCACAAGGGUAUCCAAGAAUUACUAGAGGCAUCUCAAACACUUGAGAAGGAGCCCAGCUUCGAUCAAGUUACCGUUGACCAAGUUGCUUCAAUGACGACCAAGGAGCUCGACCAGUACUUUGCUCAUAUUGCGAGCACGAUCGACAGGAAGAAUGAUUCGGAAAUCGCCAGGUUCUUUCCAUCAGAGAACGCACCUCCUCCAGAGGCUCCUCCACGAGAAAACACUGAACAAGACAAUGACCACAAGAUGCGGAGGAUCCUUGGUCAAGCAAUUACAGUAACAGGAGAAGAGGGGUCAGAACAACAUGGGAAAACUCUAGCGGAACCAAGCUAUGAAGGGUUCCGUUCUGUCGAUGACCUAACAGAGACGGCGGAGGCGUUGUACAAAGCUGCUGAAAGAAGCCCGGCUUUCCAUUCCUCACAUCGUCACGUCACAAAAAUCACCCGCCAAUUCCGAAAAUCGACAAAAACCGCCUCUUUCCACUGUGUACUAACAGAACCGUCCAGUUUCGUGAAGACCCUGACGGGCAAGACCAUCACCCUCGAGGUCGAGUCCUCGGACACCAUCGACAAUGUCAAGUCCAAGAUCCAGGACAAGGAGGGCAUUCCCCCGGACCAACAGCGACUGAUCUUCGCUGGUAAGCAGCUCGAAGAUGGCCGAACUCUCUCCGACUACAACAUCCAGAAGGAGUCCACCCUCCACCUCGUCCUCCGUCUCCGUGGUGGUAUCAUUGAGCCCUCGCUCAAGGCCCUUGCCUCCAAGUUCAACUGCGACAAGAUGAUCUGCCGCAAGUGCUACGCUCGUCUCCCUCCCCGUGCCACCAACUGCCGCAAGCGCAAGUGUGGACACACCAACCAGCUCCGACCCAAGAAGAAGCUCAAAUAAACGAUUACUCCAUGGAUGUGGCGUCUGGGAUUUGGCAUUUUGGGGUCGAUGGCAAGGACAGAGGAGAGCUUCUUUUCUUUUGUUCACACGAGGCUGGUUGUUUUUACAUUAGCAUGUGCAGCUCAGGCAAUACAUUCUAGAUGAUGCCCAUAUUGACGAUGUGCCGUGCCGCAAGGUGUUCCGGCCAGACCCCUUCAAAAGAAAUAAAAGCAUUCACGCUUCGAAAUGUUUUUGUGCAUGGAAAUGAGUGACUGGGUAAUCUUGGGGAUUGGAGAAAAGACCCAGCUGUGAGGCUUACGAUAAACACAUAGCUUACAGAGCCAGUGACAAUUGAUUCUCAAGUUACUUCUCUGUCG